AUGUCUCUCUUCGUAGGUGUCGGUCGUGCCAAGACUGCAGUGGUCUUGUCCGUACUAGCCAUUGCUUCGUUUCAUGAAGAAAAGGCGAGCGGCGAAAGUGGUACUUCGCCAGCAAGUCAAGCCGACGCGCAGUCGCAGAGCGAUAUGCUCUUCACUGAGGCGUUACGACUGACACAAGCCGAGACUGGUAUCCCAAAGCUCGAGUCAGCUCAAUGCAGGCUUAUACAGGUCCUGUACCUUCUUAUGUCAUGUCGCUUCAACCAAGCGUGGUAUACGUUUGGCCAUGCCCUACAGAUUAUUUCAGCGUUGGGUUUGCAUCGCAGAGACGAUCGCAAACGCCAAGCGAAUGCCGCCAAACGCGACUACAUAGGUGAACAGUGUAGAAAGCGCACAUUUUGGGUGGCUUAUACGCUGGACAAAUAUCUCGGUGUCAUAUUCGGGCGGCCCAGACACUACCACGAUGAAGAUAUCGACCAAGAUUUCCCCGACGCUGUCAAUGACGAAGACAUGACCAGCACUGGUCCAAAUACUACGAACACAGACGACUGUCACAUAGAAUCGCUCGUGUAUCAUGCGCGGCUGGCACAAAUUGCUGAAAAGAUAUCCCGAGAGGUUUAUUCCAUCAAACCAGUGCCGGAUCAGGUCCGACUUGCAGCCUCUCAUCGCCUCGGGGCAGAGUUGCGCCAGUGGAAAGCAUCGCUACCACCCUUCCUUGGCGCCGUCAACCCUAGCAGUCUCAUUCCUACGUUUCGACGGCAGGCAACCGCACUCAAACUGUCCUACUGUCAUGCUGUAAUUCUAGCCCAUCGCCCGUUUCUCCUCAAGAAUGCCAGGCGUAGCAAUGUAGAGAUGACUAGUCUUGCCCAAGACAGUCUCACAGAGUGCAUUGCAGCGGCAAGAUCAGUAUUAGAAGCAGUCGAUCGUAUGGCCCGGGAGGGUCGACUGUUUCAUGCGUUUUGGUGGACCCACUACGUCUGUUUCUGUGCUUUGGUUGUGGUCUAUGUGUGGGCUAUUCAACAGAGUGCCCAUGCCACAGCUUCAGCUGAAGACCCCCGCGGUAUUCUAGAUCAAGCCGAGAGCUGUUUGCAACAUCUCGCCCAGGCAACAGCGUCAAACUCGCCCUCGCGACGAUACAGCAUCAUCCUGCAGGAACUCCGCACAGAAGCAAAGAGGAAAACAGCCAUACCACAUCGGGAGCCAGUACUAGCGUCAUCAGCUGCGGUCAAUGGCGGAAUCCCACCGCCUUUGGAUGGAGAUGCGAUACCGGAACCGGAUUUGCAAAACUGGCAGCCACUUUUUGGUAGUCCGAUGGACAUGACCACGCCGGGGUUGCAGAACUUUCUCGAUGACUGGCAGACCACUGACUGGCUUGACCUCGAUGCCUCUGCUUUCGGUCCUUUUCCCGAAGUGGACGAUAUCUCAGCCUGGGUGAAUAACGCAUCGUGA